AAUUCUCACUCCAAAAAUGACAGUCAUGGGAUCAAGGCUUAAGCUAUUGGGGAUCCUGGUUUGCCUACUGGUUCUCCUUGUCAACGUGGAUGGCAGGGGCAAUCAGGAUCACUCGCACGACGACAGAAAACGCCAUGUUCGUCCCCACAAUAUCCAUAGACCGCCCUAUGAGGGUUACGAGUGGUACCACCAUUACAACCGGGAUCCGGUACCGGAGACAGGCACACCGAGGGAAAAGAAAAAGGAACACCAUAAAGCCAGAUCGGGUCAUGCAAAGCAGGGAGAAACUCUUUUGCCCGAGGUUGUGCAGAGAAUGAGGGUCGGGCGAGCCAUGUUCCAAAAGGAUAAGGAAGAACUCCACAAGUGGGAGAUUGAGCGGAACAAAACCAAUAAAGAAGUGGAAAGGCUCUUCCACCACAACAAUCCUGGCAAAGAUAGAUUUAAGUCAGCGAAGAAUUAUCAGCUUGCGGCACAGCUGAUACGGGAUGUGAAAGUAAAUGGCAAAAUAACCGAUGAAGUGAGAGCCCAACUCACUCCUGACAUGAAACCAGUUAUUUUAAAUUUUAGGCACUUCCACGAUCCCGAGUUUAAAAGGCAUCCAGAAGCCCGUCACGCACUAGAUCUCCUAAAAGAAGAGGUUACGAAAAUGUCAAGGACGCACGCCUCCAAGCACAGACGUUCCAAGCAUCAUCACCACUAAACCCAAAUAAUAGAAUGGGCAUCUAAAAAUAAAUGUAGUAAGAAUGGCUGUAUAACAGAUCA